AUGGCUCUUGAUCUUGCCGACAACGACAAGUAUGAAGUCCAGGAGAUCAUCGGCCGCGGCGCAUUUGGAAUCAUUCGCAAAGUCCGCCGUAACCGUGAUGGCCAUAUUCUCUGCCGCAAAGAGAUCAACUACCUGAAAAUGUCACAGAAAGAACGAGAUCAACUGCACGCCGAAUUCUCCAUCCUUUCGUCCCUCAAGCAUCCUAAUAUCGUUGGCUACUUCCAUCGCGAACAUCUUAAACAUAGCCAAGAGUUAUACCUGUAUAUGGAAUACUGUGGUGGCGGGGAUCUAGGCUGCGUUAUCAAAGAGCUCAAGAGAAAGAAUGAAUACGCCAAAGAAGAGUUCAUCUGGAGAAUCUUCAGCCAACUAAUCACCGCCUUGUACCGCUGCCAUUACGGAGUCGACCCCCCUGAACCCGGCAGUGACCUGUCGCGACAAAAGGAAACCCGGCCUCCACUCAAGGGCAAGAUGAUACUACAUCGCGACCUCAAGCCCGAGAACAUCUUCCUUGGUGAGGACCAGUCUGUCAAGCUGGGCGACUUUGGCCUAUCCAAACUGAUGCAAUCGCACGACUUUGCUUCCACCUAUGUCGGUACCCCGUUCUACAUGUCGCCAGAGAUAUGCGCAGCGGAGAAAUACACCUUGUACUCGGACAUAUGGUCGUUAGGUUGCAUCAUGUAUGAACUCUGCACCAAGGAGCCGCCAUUCAAUGCAAACUCACAUCUGCAGCUUGUGCAGCGUAUCCGGAAAGGUGAAUACAAGCCGAUCCCGAGUAUUUACUCGAAAGACCUGGCAAACGUCAUUGCAAGCUGCCUCAAGACCAACCCCAUGCACCGUCCAGACACGAUCUCCCUCUUGACAGUGCCGUAUAUCUGGAUUGCUCGCCGGCAGCAGGAAAUGGUCACCAUCGGCAAGGCUUUGAAGACUCGAGAGGAAACUGCUGAGUACAAAUUGAGACAGGCAGAGGAAAGACUCUCGGCUCUCGAAGCUGACCGCGCUGCUAUGAGAGUUGAGAUAGAUUCCCAACUCCGUCGCGAAUGGGAGGUCAAAGCACGCCUGGAAAUCGACCGGCAAGUGCAAAUGGAAUUGGACACUCUCCGAAAGAAAUUCGAACAGGAGGUGGAAGGGCGUGUUGCGCAUGUGCUUUCGAAGCAAACCCACCAUGCGAAUCUGAGGGCGCUCAGAGAGAUGCAAAACCCUCCGAGUUCGGGUCGGAAUAAGGAGAAUCUGGAUCCUCAUUCCUCAGUCAACACUCUAGGGGAGGAGGACUUUCCCUCUACUACCGACAUCACCGACUUGUCCGACCUGUCGCUGCACUCACCGGCCACAUCGAUAAGAAAGCCAGUGCCGGCAAAGAAGACAAAGACACCUUUUGCUCGCUCCAAAACCACGGUUGACUCACCGAUGGACAUCCAAAUGUCAGAACCAUCUCCCAUGUCUAUCUCGUCUCUCGCGCUCUCGCCACGCAGAAAUGCUGCAGCGCAGGCUACGGCCAAUGCCACUGUGACGGCAGCAGGCGUCAAGAAUAUAUUCGCCGAAGCGGCACGGCAAAAGGCUCGGUGGGAGCCUCAACUCGCAUCCUCGUCCGACGAAGGGGAGAAUGACGACCUUGCCGAAGACUCGGAUGAUGAUGGAUUCCCAGCACUCCCUAGUCCCACCAGACCAAAAGCAAACGUCCCCAGUACUGAUCCUUUCAAACAAGCUGCGCCAUUACCCUUGAAGAACAGACCCGGCUUGAUGAGGCAGCACACCACGGCGACCAUGCAAAAGUUGACGGCAAAGCCGACCUUGUUCCCGUCCAGCACUACUGCUGCACAAGUCAGAGCUGGAUUGGCAUCGGCGAACGUGGGCAAUGGUAACGCCAACGGCACCAACCGGCCGUCCCGAACAACGACCGAAAUCGACUUCAAAUCCACUGCACCCAAGCCGACGAGCCCCAGCAGACGCUUGAGCAAAAUCCCAAGUCGAAGUGAUCUUAGGGACUAUAUCGCGUCCGAUGAUGGAAGCACUAGCCCUUUGAGGCGUGUCGCUACCACUGGCGGCAGACUUCCUAGUAAAUUGGCAUCUAGCAAGGAGUCUGUCGCUGGCAAUGCGGUAGGGGGCCGAACCUUGGUAGAACUGGCCCAGGCCCGCGCUGGUGGUCGUCCCCUGAGUGCCGACCCGGGUGGCAACCUUGUCUCGAAAGCAAAGACCAGUGCAGACCAGCGAGAGAAGGAAAAAGAGCUUCCUCCGGUGCCUGUGUGGGAUCCCGAGGUCCUCGGAGACGACUUACCAAGUCCAUUCCUGAAACGUGACGUGAGGAUGCUGCGAGGACUGCGAUGA